UGCAGGGUAACGUGUCCGUCAAACCCCAGAGUGGGUGACAAUGUUUCAUUUACAUGCACCUUGGCAGAGAUUGACCCAUCAGCUAAUAUAACUUGGUACAUUAAUUCAUCAAGUGGCCAUUGUCCACUCACUUCUAUCCAGGAAGCCCGAGGUCUCGUUUCAAGAGUAAAUCGUGUACUGCAAGCAACCGACAACAUGAAGGAGUUUGUCUGCGUGGCUGGUCUAGAUUUUAACACUGGCCCAAGAUGCUCAGUUACACCUCUGCAGAUACCGACAAGGGUUUCCAUCUCACCAACUUUUCAGUCUGUAUAUGAGGGAGACAGUGCAGUGUUCACGUGUAAUGUCAGAGCCAUACCCCCUCUGACAGACGAAGAGUACAGAUGGCGAAUUUAUAAAACUGAUGAAUCAGAGGUGACAGUUACAGGAGCUACACUGACUAGUUUUGAUGGCCGAUAUAACAUGAUGGGGAAUACUCUGGAGAUCCUUGCAGUGUCUGCCGACUUUCACAACUCUUAUGUAGCUUGUACAGUGGUUUAUCCUCAAGGUUCUUCCAACAGCAUCUACAAAUCUGUCCUUACAGUUCUCAGUGUUACAACUGUGCUGUCCGCUACAUCAUCUACAGCCACGACAACAGUACAGUCACCAAUUGGAGUGCUUAUCGGGGGCGUGUUAGCACUUCUCCUCCUUCUGGUUGUCAUCGUCCUUCUUGCCAGCUUCUUGCUCAGAUACAAGAGGAAAGUCAGGAGACUUCGUCAGACACUGGCAGGGAAUCCUGUUCAGAUAUCGGCCAUUGGUUCAUCAGAAGGGACGGACUUGACAUACCAGAGCCUUCAAAAAGACAUCGGAAAUCAGAGAGCAACUGAACUAAUGCACAUGGAUUUGAACCUUCAACAAGGUGAGCGAAACCAAGUCAGACCACAGGCGGGGUCUGAGGUAAUGUACAAAAACCUCCCAAGAAAUGACCCGAGUUAUCCAGACUCGUCAGCAGGUAGAGAAAGACCAGAAGACAUCGCAGAAAAUGAGACAGGCCUAUAUGAGAACAUUUCUGAGUAGACUAGAUGCGGAGAGGAAGACUAUGAUCCAUGAAGUCUCACCCCAUGAUGUUUGGACCAAGCACAGAGGAGAUUAUCAUCUGACACGCAUGCACAAAAGUUAGACAUGCGUGCAGUGUGGCACCAAAGACAGGGGCGUGCAGUUGCCCACAUUUGCAGUGGACAAUAGAUUUGAUGUCAUCAGAAGUCAACAGUGCCCAUGCCAUCCAAAAGUUUGAAACUCUUUCUGAACUUUUAGGUAAAACAGUCUUAGUGAUCAACUUCUACCAAGUGUAUAAUUGCACUAUAGUGGCAAGCAAGGUGCAAUUUCAACGUUCUUCCCAUUGUGAUGAAAAUUUGUGAUAGUAAAAAAAAAGGGAAUAAAUAUGUCUUGAAGGGGAUAAAUAUAUGUACUUGCAUGUUUUUAAACGUACUCAUUUAAUACCAGCCAAGCAUAUAUUUAUUCCCAUCCAUUAAUACCUUUCAGUCAAAAAGUCAAAACACGUCACAAAUUCACAAUUUCCACCGAUUCUGUUCAACAAAUGUACCUCCCGUUUUGUGAGGCAAAGGCGGGUCUCUUUAGAAAAAAAACUGUCUAGUUAUUUGACUGUUUAAACAAACAAAUAAGCAAUGGAUAAGCGGUAGACCUUAUACAUUAAGGCCGAGUCAGACGGCAAUGAUUUUGUAUUGCUGGGAUAGACAUAAGUAAACCUUUUCUGCAUUCAUUGUAAAUAAUUUUAACUAAACAGGGACUAGAACACCCUCUGAUAUACCUGCAAUGCAUAGGUCUGUACACAGAAUAACAUUUAUUUUUUUCAAAGUGUCUUAUGCAGAACUUGUAAUUAAUGGGAAAAUGUAAUGAAAUGUUGUUCAUGAAAUAUCUUUCUAAUAAAAUGUAGCAUUAAGGAAUGAAAAUAGUUAAAUAUUCUUUAAAAGACUUUCAAUGGUGUCUCACUGGAUAUGUUAUCACAUUGCCAUCAAUUAAAAUAGAGUGAACAAAACGGCACGUACAGGAUUCUAUGAGA